AUGGCGCACUUUUUGUGUACAUUCGCACUGCUUUCCGUGGCAUCGGCCACUUCUCCAGUAGUGAAGCUGGGAUAUGCUAACUACGAAGGCCGCUCGCUUUCCACUGGUGUUUCUCAAUGGCUUGGCAUACGCUUUGCUGCUCCUCCCGUGGGAGAGAGACGGUUUGCAGCGCCACAAGACCCUUUGCCUGUAGCCGGGGUUCAGCAAGCGACUGAGCAUGGGAGUAUAUGCAUUCCCACGGCAUCAAAUGAAGGAACAACUGUCCCAGCAGGAACCUCAGAGGACUGCCUGUUCCUAGAUGUCUACGCACCUACGAGAGCAGUUGGAUCUAAGAAACUGCCUGUCUACUUUUUUAUUCAAGGCGGUGGCUUUGCGCAGAACUCAAAUGCCAAUUACAACGGGACUGGUCUGAUCGAGGCAUCUGGAAACAACAUUGUGGUGGUGACAUUCAACUACCGUGUUGGUCCCUAUGGCUUUCUCGCCGGAGAAGAAGUUGUAUCAGGAGGAAGCUUGAACAAUGGACUCAAAGAUCAGCGAAAGGCUCUGAAGUGGGUUCACAAGCAUAUUAGCAAGUUUGGCGGUGAUCCCAACCACGUCGUCAUUGGCGGCGACAGUGCAGGCGCUGCCUCUGUGACUCUCAUGCUGUCAGCAUAUGGCGGCAAAGACGAAGGUCUCUUUGUUGCAGCUGCAGCCGAGUCACAAAGCUUUGCUACAAUGCUCAAUGUAGCCGAAAGCCAAUUCGCAUACAAUGAGCUUGUGAAUGCGACUGGGUGCAACGGCAAUAACGAUACACUGGCGUGUCUGCGAAACCUCGACGUCAACGCCUUACAACAGAAGAACGUUAAUAGACCCUACCCUGGAGCACCGGGCAAGCCGUUGUACCUGUACAGUCCCACAAUUGAUGAAGACCUGGUACCAGAUCACACAUAUAGCCUAUUCCACGAAGGCAAAUUCAUCAAAGUACCAGUGAUAUUCGGCGACGACACGAACGAAGGCACGAUCUUCGUGCCUAGAAGCACCUCAAGUGUUGCCGAAGCUGAUACCUUCAUCAAAAACCAGUUCCCAUACAUGACAAAAGCCCAAUUAUCCAAAAUCAACAGCAUCUAUCUCACCGAAAACCAAACAGAAGUCUUCCCAAACGCUGGAGACUACUGGCGGCCAGCAAGCACAGCCUACGGUGAAAUACGAUACAUCUGCCCUGGAAUCGACAUGUCCACUGUCUACGCAGCAGCCGGAGUCCCAAGCUGGAACUAUCACUACGCAGUGCAAGACCCAGCGGCCGAGAGCUCGGGAGUAGGCACAUCUCAUACGAUCGAAGUGAACGCCAUCUGGGGUCCUGAGAAUACCGGUGGCGGUGCACCAGCCUCAUAUACUACCUCCAAUGCAGCUAUCGUGCCAUUGAUGCAGGCUUAUUGGACGAGCUUUAUCAGGUCUCUGGAUCCGAAUAGGCAUCGGCUUCAGUCAAGCCCUGAAUGGCGGACUUGGGGACAGGAUGGGGGACACCAACGCAUUUUCAUUCGGACGGGUGAGACUAGGAUGGAGACUGUGUCUUCGGAUCAGAGGGCUCGGUGUGAAUAUUUGAUUGGUAUUGGGGUUGAUUUGCAUCAGUAG